AGGAAGAAAUAACAACAUGAGAAUCAACGUGAAGUGUUCUUGAUUUUGCAGGCGUUAGCAUGGCCUCUUCUUCCGGGGAAUCGGAACCACUUGUCUCAGUGGAUGAGGAAAAAGAAUUAGUAGACUAUGGAGCUGCCUCACAGACCCCACCACCAGUCCGAGUAGUAAACAGCACCUACAGAGGUGGAUAUGAAUACAGGAAACACAGACACCACUCUGACCCUGAUGGAGGGACAGUUUUAGAAAAGAUUAAACAGUAUAUGCCAGCUGUCCAUGCACAAAGAGGAAUCUUUCCUCCAGACAAUCCGACCACAGUAUCUCUAAACAAGUGCAAGCAACAGGUGCUCAAGCCAUACCUGUGGAUCCUAUCCCUUAUUGGCUGGCGGCCCAUUGUUUUGACGUAUGAGGGGUCUAAAUGGGUUGAUGCCGUAAACGUUGUCUACUUUGUCUGUGUGAUGUUCUUUAUCUUUAUGGGAUAUGUCAUCUCAUUUCUGGCGUGCUUUAGGCGGGACAGGGGACCACCAGUGGUGCCUGUUCCAAACCUUGGAAAUGAGACUAAACAUGGGAAUUACAGUGACUGCCAACAUUACAUGAUCAGCCAGUUUAUUAUUCCUGAUAUACUUCACGAGAUUGCAUAUUUUUAUGCCUGGUACAUAAUACGAAUUGCCAAAAGUGAACAACUUGAAAUGCUCAUGGAAAAGGCGUUCCUGCAGUCAGAGAUGCAGCAUACAGGAUUGUCGCAAACCAGGCUGGUGAAAACGCUGAGAUGGUUCCUAUGGCUUGGCUUCCUGUGGCUGGUCCUGUCAUUUCUAGAUCAAGUCCUCCAUGUCAUCAGCCUGUACCUCAGUGAGUCUGAUGGUGGCUAUUUGAAGGUGCACUUCUGGGUAGGAGACCCUGGAACUGACGCGGGUCGAGGCAUUCUCAUGUGUCUGAUGGUCAUUGGUAACACAGUACUGGACUGUGUCUAUGUGGCUGUGGUCAUUAACUAUAGCGUCCAGUGUUCCUUGGUCAUCUAUCUGCUACAGGGAUUGUGCCAGAAGAUCAAAGAGAAAAUUGUUGACUUUGAGCAGGCUAUGAAAGAAGUGAUGGACCUGGAAGAAAAUCUUCACAUUCUAAACAGAAGCAUGGGCACUGCAGUAUCCAUUUUGAUGUUUAACUUCAUCACUCUUAUUAUCUUAGGUUUUGAAGGUAUAUUAACGAAGGAAAGCACAGACAACUGGUUGUCAGUAACUGUCACCUUGUUGGCAACUUGUUUGUGGCUGUCUAUAAUGGCUUUACCUGUGGCUCAGGCCUGUCGUGUAUCUGCAUGGUGUCGAACCCUGAGAAAGUCAGGCCAUGAGGUGAGAUCGCGGCCAUUUGUGUACUCGCGGACGGACAGAGAAGAACUGGACUCCUUUCUGAUGUUUACGUCCACCUUGGACAUGAGGGCCAAGAUGUUUGGGAUCCCUGUGAAAGCCUCCUAUGUCUUUGGAAUAGUGGUGCUGAUAGCUCUGAUCCUGCUCCUGUUGUUUCAGAUUGGUGUGUUCAGUGUUUGGCUGUGAAGUACUCACUCUAGUGAACCUGAAUUGGUCUUAAUCUGCAAUUUUUGAUUACAAAUGAUCUUAUUAUAUGGUUUUAAUCAUUAUAGAGCACAUUCAGAAAAGCAGAGUAACAGAUCCGUGGAUCAAAUAUGGUCGACCCACUUGAAUGCAUGGUGCGUAAUCCCUGUGAGGAACAUAUUCAGUGUCUAAUUGGGAAUUUAGUGACAAGCUUUUUAGUGGGUUGCCAUAUCUGUUAGUCCACUGUUCUGGUGGACUGAAAUGGUCUUGCCAUGAACUUGCCAUUAAAUUAUCUUAAAAAUCUUCAUUUUAGCCUUACUCAACUUGGAUGAAUAAGGCUAAUAUUGGAUUGAUCAAGCAAUUUUCUCCCCUUACCAUGGGGAAAUGUAUGGGGGAAGACAAUUGCUUAACAACUUGACUGGUCGUCAGUCCAAUAAUAGUUUAACUCAUUGAUUGAAACCAUGAAAUAUCAUUUAUGAUCUGAAUUUGCAUGUUGGGACCAUUUUCGGCGCACUAGUGUCAGUUGUUGACUGUAAGGUGAAAUACAUUCCUGGAUUUUGUGGUCAUUCAUUUUUAGCAGAAACCAAACAGGGUUUUAAACAAGUCAGAGAUUCUUAACUACAAAGAUGAGAUAGGACUAAUGUUAAAAUAUUAUGCUUUUUUAUACGGCUUAUUUUGAUUUUUGAUAUUUUUAAAGCUAGAAAUCCUUUGCUUCUACAUAGACAUAACUAUGUACUUACAAUGUAUUAUAAUUUUAUUUUGUUUUGGAAAUUGCAAGCUUUUUAUACAGAAACAUAUCAUAAAUCUAAAAAAAAA